AUGGCUACCAACAACGUCAGCAAGAGCGACACUGUCGGUCGAGAGGAGUUGAUGGAUGCCAUGCACCAGCUCCGGCAGGUUCAGACACAGCUUCUCGCCGGCCUCGAGGCUCUUGAGCAAGACCGACCUGGCACAGGCAUGGGUGCCCCUUCGAUUCCCGGCGGGAGCAGCACGACGCCGAAUGCUUCCACCCAAAGCCCCCAACUGUUGCCCGCUGACUCGGCAUCAGAGCAGCAGACGGAGAGCUCCUCUCCUCCUGCUCAGAAGUCGGGAUUCACUUCCCGCAUCAUCCUGACGUGGGUUGAUUUCGCGCCAGUCACCAGCAUCGUUGCCGCUGAUACUGACCCUUGGUGCAGGACUUAUCCAAAGCAAAUCGGCAUCAACCCGUUGCCUAUGAACUGGGGGGCAGGCGACCCUCAGGCACGCGGGCCAAUCGUUGUGAGCAGGUCAUCGUCGACGAUCCGUAGGCGUAAUGCUAUUGGAGCGGCUUUUAAAGCACAUGGCGGUUCCUACUCCAUCUAUUAUGCCCUUGCUCUGGCCAGCAAGGAGCUCGACGCCGACCAUAGACCGGACUUCACCAACACGGAGCCGAUUGUGGACAUCGGCCCCUUUCCUACUUGGCACGACAAGAAGAAGAUCGUGGCCAUGGAUCCUUAUGGCCAUCUUGCGCCGUGGCUGUUCAAGGAUAUAAUCAACAAAGAGAACGUUGAUAUUCGCCCUACCAUUGCCAUUACCAAAGCACACAUGAAGCUGCCUGAGCUUGAGGAGAGUGUCCGAAGUGGAAGACUUAAGCCGGACGGUAAAAUAUGCCUGAACAACCAAGGCGAGCUCGCUGUCACCAAGUUCGCAGUCGAACCAGUCUGGUAUCUGCCAGGUGUUGCAGAGAGGUUCGGUAUUGACGAAGGAACACUGCGGCGAUCGCUCUUCGAACACACUGGAGGAAGUUACCCUGAGCUCAUCACUCGUGGUGAUAUCAAGCUCUUCCUUCCACCCAUUGGAGGAUUGACCGUGUACUGUUUCGGUGAUCCGGCAAAGAUGUCGGACCCAAGCUCCAAACUUGCACUCCGUAUUCACGACGAGUGUAAUGGCAGCGACGUCUUUGGCUCCGAUAUUUGCACUUGCCGGCCAUAUCUAAUCUUCGGCAUCGAAGAAGCCGUGAAAGAAGCCCAGAAUGGGGGCAGUGGUGUGGUCAUCUACUUCCGCAAGGAAGGUCGGGCUCUCGGCGAGGUUACCAAGUACCUUGUCUACAACGCAAGAAAGAGGGGUGAGGAUCGCGCCUCGGACUACUUCAAGCGAACAGAGAACAUUGCAGGCGUCAAAGAUAUGCGUUUCCAGGCCCUUAUGCCGGACAUCCUACACUGGCUGGGUAUUACCAAGAUUGACAGGAUGCUCAGCAUGAGCAACAUGAAACACGACGCCAUUGUCGGACAAGGUAUCCCUAUCCACGAGCGUGUCGAGCUCCCCGAGUCCUGGAUCCCCGCAGACUCGAGGGUCGAGAUUGACGCCAAGAUCACUGCCGAGCUGAUGCCGCUCGCUAGGAUACUUCACCACCGGUCAUCGAAUGACAACCGAAGAGCUCGCAGCUGUUCAGGGGAGACUUUGGGAAGACGUCGACCACUGAGGGCCGUCCCGUUAUACCUAGGCCAGGAAGGCCAACUGCCAGGUGCAUGUCACAUGGCUCACCCUCCUCCUACAUUAGGCACUGUCAUCCCACUCAUGCAUGCACCACCACUCUCCUGA